UACCAGCGUGUACUUAAUUGAAGCCAAAGAUGAUGAUGCAGGAGUGUUAUACUACGCUCUGGAGUCGACUGUGAACACAUAUUUUAGGCUGGAGAAUAUGUACAAACCAAACAUCCUUGUCAACAAGAUUUUGGACUAUGAUGUCAUCCAGCAGGUGACAAUGACCUUAUAUGUGCAGGACACUCCACCAUCUGCCUUACCGAAUCAAACAACCUUUACUGCUACCACAUCAAUUUUAGUCAACAUAAAAGACAUUGACAACCGUCCACCCUGGUUCCAGCCAUGCACAAGGAUAACUCUUGGUACUGCCAAAAUCUGUCUGAGUCUUGGAUAUAAAGGCAGGGUCAACCUGACAGAAAAACAGGAUGGACCGUUGCAGUUGCUGCCUGGUCCAGUCUAUGCAAGGGAUGGUGACAAAAGUAGAAAUGAAGAGAUAAGUUAUAAAAUUGUCAAAGGAAAUGAAGACAGUAUAUUUCAAAUAGAUGAAACCACAGGAAACAUAACCAUGUUAAAGCCAGCAGACAUCCCAGGGCCAAUAUCCCUCACAGUUUUGGCUUCCCAGGUUUCAAACCGAGACCAGUUUGCCUCUACAUCAGUCAACAUAGAGGUAAUGAAAAAGAGCAGAAACCCUCCAAAAUUUGACAGGGAGAGGUAUGAAGCAUAUGUAUAUAGCAACUCUGGCCCUGAGAACAUGGUGCUUAGAGACAGGACCUCAAACAGACCUUUUAGAGUCCGAGCCCGAGAUGACGACUUUGCAAAUGGAAUAAAUCCUGACAUAAGAUACGAAGUUCAGUACAGCAGUUAUGUCAACAUAACCACAGAUGGAUUUGUGCUUCUGAAAAAACCUGUUCGGACAGAAUCAUUUGCUUUACAGAUUAGAGCUUUUGAUAUUGUGACUGGUGAAUCAGGGACAGCAGCUCUGUCAGUGUUUGUCUUACCACCUGUAGGAGUUCAGUCGCCCUCAGAGGGAUACCGUCCUGGAGAUAUGGCCUUGCUGGGUUUUAUAAUGGCCGCAUUACUGGUUCUCUGCCUCAUCGUGAUUGGGUACCUCAUCUCCCGCCUGAAAAAAGGGAACAGCAACACACUCAAGUUAUCAGAGUGUUUAGGUCCAUGCUUGCAGCGUACCCAGCGCGCUAAUGGACUAAGACCGAGAGACAGUAUGCAGUUUACCAAUGAUUGCUUCCUAAAUGAAGGAGACAUGGCCAGGUGUGCAGGAAGAAGAGGAGAAAGGAGAGACCGAAAGCCAGAAGCUGGAAGAGUAAGGGUGACGGCACGUGAGAGGCAAAGACACUGCCAUUCUUGUGGCAUGAGAGUUCAGUCAAAUCAUGUGCAUCGCAGCAGCCCGGUUGUUCACCCCAAAGCCAAGGGAGCUAAAAGCCAAGUUAAGUCCAUCUUGACGAAAGAGAGAAGAAAGGAGGACAAAAAGACAGUGUGGUUUAAAGAGAGUGAGGAUUCAUCAGACAUUGAGGUAGAGAUAAUUCCUGAUGAUAUAGGAUUUAAACCUGAUGAAGAGGAGAAGGACUCAGACUUAGCUCUAAAGGCUGGUGAUAUGGAACUAGGUGAUCUAAGUAUGCUGAAAACCCAAGACUUUGACAAGCAACAAGAAACCAUUUCUGAUGGUCAAGAACAACAGGAUCCAGAUAACCCAAACCAGUGAUCCUUAAAAGGCUUGGACUCAUAGAGCACAACUUAUUAUGUACACAGCUUUUUAUUUAAUUUUUAAUUAACAUAUUUUUCGAUUUAUUUUAGUGGUUCUCUACUAUGACAUGGAAUAUUUUCAUAAUGUGACACAUGGAAGUGCAAUUCACAAUUUUAUCAUAGUGUAUAAUUAGUUCUGUACAGUAAUAGAUAUCCUGAGCCUCUGGGGUUUUGUCCACAAGUGCAGCCAUUUGGGAUAUAUACAACCCCAAAGCAGGAAAAGGUGGGACAGUAAUGUUCAUACCUGGUUCAAACUGUCUACACUGGUAUAAAAGUCAAAGUAAAUGUGGGAUUUUGUGCAUCAAGAUUUAUAAAUUAAAUAUACAUAGGUAACUUUUAUUCUGUGAAAAUUCACAUUUUGCCUACAGUUGUAGUCUAUAGUUGAUAGAGUAAAAAAAGUUUGAGACUGUAAAAUAACCAAAGUUUAUGUUUUGCAUCAUUGUUAUUAAUCAUUUUAAUAGGGAGGUACUAAACAUAAAUUAAUGGUUAUAUUUGAGAUUUGUGAUAGAUAUUAGUAUAAAGAUUUCUAGAUUGUUUUAUACAAAUUCUUAGGUGCAAAAUAAAGAAUAAAAGUUCUUUAUUUAAAAAUAAAACAAUAAAAAAAACAUGUUUCAACGUUAUUUCAAACAGUAAUUACAGUUGGCAUUUUUACCCACCUUCUGUGCCGUUAACUGACACCGUACCACCCAUACCUUAUCACUAAGGCACUACCUAAUUCAUUAAUAUGCAAUUUUCUGUGAAAUUCAAAAUGUAAGGUUUGUGGUUAGCGAUUUGAUGUUUUUCAUUCGAGUUACUGGUUAAUUUGCAUUAUG